AUGGUUGAAGAGAAGCUUCAAUUCGAUGAUCAAAUGUUUUUAAUUUUCAUAACAGGAUUUAUUGGAAUAAUUAUAUUAAUUUGGGCAUUAUAUUAUCUGCGUAAACAAAGAACCAUUCCUACAACUUUUCCAUGUCAAUGUUCUAAAUGUCAAGAGAAAAGAAAAAGAAUGAUAAUAAAAAAUCACAAAAUUACCUCAUCAACAAUCUUUCAAUUUAUCAUUAUUGGUAUUUUAUCAUAUGUUUUUAUUCAUAAUAUAAUUAAAAUUAAUUCAUCAAAUAUUAUUGCACCACAACCAACUUUUGAUCCUUAUAUCAUUUUAGGUAUUUCAUCUACAUCAACUGAUAAAGAAAUUAGAAGUGCUUAUCGUAAAUUAUCAUUAAAAUAUCAUCCAGACAAAAAUAAAGAAGAAGGUGCUGAAGAAAUGUUUAUUCAAGUAACAAAAGCAUAUGAAACAUUAACUGAUCCAUCUAAACUAAAAGCAUGGAAAGAAACAGGAAGAGAAGAAGAUGAUAAAAUAGAAACAAAAGGAAUAGGACUUCCAAUCUUUCUUACUUUAGAGAAGAAUAGAAAACUUAUAUUAGGGUUUUAUAUAAUUAUCAUAGUAAUUGUUUUUCCUGUAAGUGUAUGGUUAAUGGUUAAAAAAUGCAAUAAGAAAGAUAAUAAUAAUUUAACAAUUGAAACUAAUGCUAUAUUUAUGCAAUUAAUCAAUUCUAAUUUAAAUUUCCCUUCAAUGAUUGAAGUUGUAUCAUUGGCAAAUGAAGUAAGAGAAGUGGUUGUUAUUCGUCCAAAUGAUAAAAACUUUUUACCAGUUAUUCAAAAGAAAAUAAAAGAAGAAUUUAUAAAGAAACCAACUUAUAAUGUUCCUGAAGCUGUUAAAGCACAAAUAUUAAUUGGAGCACAUUUGUCUAGAUUACAUGAAGAGCUUCCAAGUUAUCUUAGAGAUGAUUUAGAUUCUAUACUUGAAGUUAUUCCAACUGUACUUCAUGGAAUGGUAUCUGUAAUGAUGGGAAAGAAAAAUUUAAAUGGAAUUUGGCAAUGUAUUAGAUUAAAUGCUAUGAUUACUCAAGCAUGUGGAGAGAAUGAUGAUUUCUUACAGUUACCAGACUUUAAUGAAGGUGGAAAAGUCUUUGGAAAGAAUAUGACAUUUGAACGUAUCACAAAGAUGACUCCAGAAGAGCGAAUGAAUUUAAUUAAUGAAAAGAUUGAUAGUAUUGAAGUAGAAAAACAACAUAAGGUUAUUGAACCAAAAAAACAACGAAGUGAAGUUAAGAAAAGAAAUAUAGAAAGUAUGAAAGAAAGAGUUAAAAGAGCAUUAGAUGAAAAAGCCAUUAAAGAAGGAAAAAAACCAAAAUUUAAUACUAAAGAUACUGAUGAACAUAAAACAAAAGAGAUACAAGAAAAUAUUGAGAAACAUGAAAAUAGUAUUGAAGAAAAUAUUAAGCCUAAUGACAAUCAAUUAGUUAAUGAAAGAAGAAAACAAAUUAUUAACUUCUUUAAUUAUUAUCCUACUAAUAUCACAUUUAUUGUUAGAGCAAUGAGCAAUACUGGAACAAGAAAAGUAAUUGCAGGAGUGCCUAUUCUUGUUACUAUUAAUGGAUAUCGUUAUCCUAGAAACGAAAAUGGUGAAAUUGUCCCACAAUGGAAGAGUAAAUUAGAUGAUAUUCUUAAUAGAGAAAAAGAAGAAUUACCAGAUGAACCAGAUGAUGCUGAAGAACUUCUCAAAAGUACUAAAGAAGAUUUUGAUAAAGAAGAAGAUGAAAUUGAUCCAGAAAUUCCAGAUGUGGAAAUUGUUCAUGAACCACCAAAAGAUGUUUAUGUUCAUAACCCAUAUUGUCCUAAUACCAGAUUAGAGCGUUGGUGGUUUAUUAUUACUGAUGUAAGAAAUCAAUUUGUUCUUAAUGCUACACACGGAUAUAUUCCUAUUUCUGAAUUGCCAUUUAUCACAAAAAUUUAUCUUCCUUCUCCUAAAGAAGAAGGGUCAUAUGUUGUAUUAUUACAUAUUAUUUGUGACUCAUAUCUUCAUUGCGAAUGGGCAUAUCCAAUUAAAUUUACUGUAAUUCCUCGUCCUGUUAGAAAGAACAAUAACCCACAACAAACAAAUCAAAAUGAAGAAGAAGAAAUGAGUGAAGAAGAAGAAGAAGAAGAAAGUGAUGAUUAA